GGGCAUAGAAACACUUGGUUUCGUGCUGGGAGCUAGCUGUCUGACGGAAUGCCUAAGGGUGAUGCCACAUAGGAUCUUUUCAGAUGCGAGUUAUCAUCUCCCUGCCGGCAAAUUUUGUACUGCAGCAAUGAAGUGCCUUCUACGUCAUACAGAAUAGAGAAACUUGUACAAACGUCAAAAGCUGGAAAUCCAAGGAUUUUCAGCCAAACACAUGUCGAGUCCGACACCCUCACAGGGCCUUGCUAACCUGGGUGAGCCCACAGCCUCCGCCGAUUCUCCGGAUCCACUGAAACCCCUGUACAUCAGCUUUGAUGAUACCAAUGACCAGGCCAACAGCAACGACAGGGAGAAAUCAAUACAGCCUGCAACGAAUGAGGCUGUUUCCACAGCACCUGCAGUGUCGGUAACUAAACAAGUAAGAACAUCGGAGCCGGUCGGAACUGUGAUGGCCGAACGGCGACCUCCUUUUGGAUGCGCCAUUUGCGAUCGUUUUGCGUCUACUGACAUCGAUGAGCUCGAGGGUCACAUCAACGCUCAUCGAAUGGACCUCGUCCGACACCUACACCUUCAUCCUGUUUCAGAAGCUGUUGAAUUGGCGACGCAGGCUUGUCAGCAAGGACAGUCAGUAAACGGUGCUUCACGGCCUUCGGAAUGGCGGCGAUCAGAUAUGCCUAAAACGAGUUAUAAGGCCUUAGACAGCCGAAAUAACAGUUUUAAACAAGGAGGAAUGCAGCGUUCAAUACCCACUGCGCAAAUCGGGCCCAACAUACACUAUGCGAGCGAGGGUCCCACAGAGAUUCGUACACAUAGCCCACCUCCCGUGCCGAUACAGCCCAGAACUGAAAAUUAUCGAACCAGCGAUUCUUAUGAUGUAGCAGCGUUUCAACAUACGGCCGAUUCCUUUUUGACCCAUACGGUUUCUGGCACGCAGGUCUCAGAGAUACUUCCUGUGAGACUGCCUCCUUUUCAUUCAAGUUUUUCUGGCAGAAAGAGGUCUCAGCAUCCGCAUCUACUUUAUCAGCAGCACGUUGAUCAAUGGCCGCGUCCUGUACAUUCAGCCGAUCACGCCGGCGCUAGUUCAUCGUGGAUGCUACAGGGACGAGUGGACGAAGGACAUGCAUGGGCCGCGGUAUCUGAACGAGACACAGUGACGAAUCAACCCUCUGAUCAAGUCCAGCGAGUGGAUCAGCUUUUAGAGCACAGCAGCGACGUCCUUGAGACCGUCGUCAAACUGGAAUAUCACGAAAUGCAGCCAUCGAUGUCCGGACUCGAUCAUUUCACUAUCGAUACCGCUACUGACGACAACAACGACAGCAUCAACACGAGUUACAGUAACAGUCUGGCACCCAGAUGGAGCCGCAGUGGCAGUAAUAGCGCCAGCAACAACGGCAACACAUCAGUUGCAACUAAUCCCACCGGUAGGCAAUUGUGCUGGUCUAAGGAGCAGCAACAAUUGGCCCCCAGACAACCUCUGUCACCUACCCCAAGCAGCAGUCGUUGGGACCCUCACGAGCUGAGGCAGUUCCACCAGGCAUGGACAAUUGAACCACCUCCCAAACUAGUGAUCUGUCAGCAAUUUUCGAGCGUAGACUGGGAACAAGGACCGAAAGCUUACUGUGUCCCCAGUAAGGCAGAGAAGCCCAGGAGGUCUGCGCUGGCAAUCGAAUCGAAACGCGAUUUCGGCAGUACGAACAGUGCGACCGGUGUAGCGUCUAUCGCUACUGAUAGGCUCGGUUCUCGCGAAACAGCAGCCAGCACUACAGGACCAGUUGGGUCUAAGAGGAAAACGUACCGCGCCGAUGCAGGAGAUGCCGGCUCGACUGCAAGCAACACUGUCAGCAGCAAGCCUUCUUCAAUUGAAAAACAUGGCUCUGUCAGCUCUAGCCGUACAUUCAAGAAGGCCGAGGACGGUUGUGUUUCAGACUUGGCAAAUAAACAACUUAACGAUCAACAACGAAGUGAUACACAUUCGAAACCUACGAAAGUCGAAAACUUCACGGUAAAAACGAGUGUCUCCAACAGCGCAAAAAAAACAGUGUCCCCAAUAGCGACAAUAGCCGUGAAAUCUUCUCCGUGCGCAAGCAGUAAUUCUGUCAAACUGCACAAGCCUAAUAAAACUGUAGUGAUCGCAACGAAGAGUAAACCCGUUGUGAAGGAGCUUGGCAGCUGCGUUAACCGAAGUUCUAGCAGUAGCAUGGCUCAUUCAUCGCCGAGCGUUUCGGAAACUACCACCAACGGCAAAACAGCCUGUGCUCCUCGGCGAAGCACCCGGCUUCAGGGAAGACCUUCACGACGAUUUGGCCUUCGUGCCGCCUAUCAUUAAGUGUCAAUGGACCCAUUGUGUGGCGCAUGCAAUACAAUCGAUUUGACGCAAAACUCGUAAAGGUUGAUGUAUAUAUAUAUA